AUGAUGAUGGCUUCUCAGGUGGUGCAGUAUCCUGGCAACGGUGGCAGCAGUGGUGGAGUAGCAGCAGUUGGUGUUGCGCAAUCGCAUCAGAUGACACCACUCAAUCUCCUCGCAGCUACCUGCAAUCGCAUCUACCCCACACCAGCAGGCUACCCUCCCCACACCCAACUUUCACCCGCUAGCACGACAUCUUGCAGCAGCGACGGCUACGCCACACAAGUACCACCUCUGGAAACCACCCGCAGCCCGUUGGAUUACUCGCCUCACUACCAAAACGCCUACGGCUACAAUAACUACUGGUUCCAGCACUCGCCGCCACCUGCGGAUAUCGCCACCAGCGGUUACCAGCCCCAUCAGCAAUACUCUCCGUGGAGUAUGCCUCCGUUUAGUACAGUCAAAGUGGAGUUUCCUAGUUUCUCGAACAAGGCUAGACGAUGUAUUAAAUGCCAAUGUCCGAAUUGUAUAAACGAAGAGAAUGGACUUAAAAAACCGUCUUCAAAAAAAAUGCAUAUCUGUCAUUUUCCUGGAUGUGAUAAAGUUUAUGGAAAAACUUCGCAUUUGCAAGCACACUUAAGAUGGCACACCGGCGAAAGGCCUUUUGUAUGCAACUGGUUGUUUUGUGGCAAAAGAUUUACGCGCUCAGACGAGUUACAACGGCACCUACGAACGCAUACAGGGGAAAAACGAUUUUCCUGCAACAUAUGUGCCAAGAGAUUCAUGAGGUCUGAUCAUUUGGCUAAGCACGUCAAGACUCACAAGAAUACUCAAACGAAAAAAGAGCCGGAAGCAUCAGAAAAGACUAAAAAAGGCUCAGAAACUGCUAGUGUCGAACCGAGACUGCCUGAAAACGAUGUGCCUGCUCAAAUAUCAUCGGCCAAUGACAUGAGGGGCAGUACGAGUUUCUCUCCGCCGAUUUAUCAUUCUCCUGUGCAACCCUUGAGCAGGUAUCCACCGCAAACCCAGCAUAAUGGCAUGAUUUCGAGACCUAGUAGUUUACAACAAUACAAUCAUAGCUAUCAUCAUCAGAAUUAUUUUUCCGAGUAUGGAUAUAUGUAG